GUCGGAGUGAUUGAACCGGAUGAGGCUAAUUUUCCCAAUACUAUCAUUAACAUAAUGAGGAUUAAUAAUAGUGACACAUCAUAUAGAGAGUCCUUACUAACAAAGUACCUUUGUCUAGCAUCCAAGAUUAAGAUGGUAACGAUAUGCCCUACUGAAUCAAAAUACAAAAGAGUCGAAGCGGUGACCCUCAUGAUUAAUAACAAGAGUGAUCGAAUUGAAUCCAUAAGCAUGAGAAGAGG